GUUAUAUAAUCUCAAGGUAGAACUGCUGUGACCUUAGAGUGGGUUACACUGUGCACAAGAUACUAGGGAAUCAGGCACGUGGAAACAUGUCUGGAAAACCCAAGCUGCACUACUUCAAUGGACGUGGCCGGAUGGAACCAAUUCGGUGGCUCCUGGCAGCAGCUGGGGUUGAGUUUGAAGAAUCUUACCUGGAAAAAAAGGAGGAUCUGACAAAGUUACAGAAGGAUGGAUCCCUGCUCUUUCAGCAAGUGCCAAUGGUAGAGAUCGACGGGAUGAAGCUGGUGCAGACCAGAGCCAUUGCCAACUACAUAGCAACGAAGUACAGCCUCUACGGGAAGGACAUGAAGGAGAGAGCCCUAAUCGAUAUGUACGUGGAAGGACUGUUUGAUCUGAAUGAGUUACUCCUGAAAUAUGGCUUCUUACCAGCAGACCAAAAGGAGGAACAUUUUGCAAAUAUGAUGGACAAGGCAACAAACAGAUACUUCCCAGUCUUUGAGAAGGUUUUGAAAGACCAUGGAAAAGACUUUCUGGUUGGCAACCAGCUGAGCAGGGCAGAUGUUCAAUUACUUGAAAUCAUUUUAAUGGCAGAGGAGUACAAACCUGAUAUACUUGCCAAAUUUCCUCUCUUGCAGAGCUUCAAAGCAAGAAUAAGUAAUAUCCCCACAAUAAAGAAAUUCCUGCAGCCUGGCAGCCAGAGGAAACCACUAAUACGAGAGGAAGACGUACCUAAAGUGAUCAAAAUUUUCUACUGAGUCUAAAGCUGCAGAAACGAUUUCAUUGUAUUUGCUGACAGUGGGAAAAUAAUAAAAACACUGGAAACCAAGUUUUUUGAUCCUACCAGCAAAGAAAAUAGUUCACUAAAUCGAGGGUGUAUUGGACAACACAGAAUGCCUUAAAUAACUAAAGAGAAUACCUGAAAUAAAUUCCUGCUAUCGAUACUCAAAACCUGGCUGCUCAUUGAUU